UCCUGGGUUUGUAAAUAGAGCAUGUAGGCUGGUGCUAGGGCUCUGAACCUCUUUGGGGGAAGGACCCAGCCUUUGUCUCCUGUGUCCUUGCCACCUGGUUAUCCCGCAGAGUCUGGGCCCAGAUGGUUCUCAAGUUGACCUCCCUCCCGUGAUCUUCAGGAGCCCCCUGGUUGAUAAAAUAAGGGUGGAACAUUUAGCAAAACAGAGCAUGAUUACGAAGUUACAUCAAGAGAAAAAGAACUAAUGUGAAAAGGACGUGCUGUAAAACGUUAAGGCCCCAAAGGGCUCUCAGGGGAGCGGUCUCUCUUAUUCCUAUGUCAACGACCAAGGUCAUUUUGAAAUCGAGAAUAUUUGGUUUGACAUCAAUGUCAGGAGGACUCUAACUUCUGCUUGGGAUUCUUUCUUAAGAACAAACGAAUUUAACAUUCAGUCUUCGUCUUUAGGUAUUCAUUGCCGUUCUUUUGCAAGGCAGACCUCUUUUUGAUCUGUGUCCUCUCUUUGGAGAAGCGAGCUUGAAUCUUAUCCAUCAUGGUGGCCACAGAAUUCACAACCUUCUUCUCUAACAUAUCUGACGACUACAGCUACCCCUCCACGUCUACCAUGGAUGAUGACUUUGAGAACACUUUCUGUGAGAAAAGCCACGUCAGGCAGUUUGCGAGCUACUUCCUCCCCCCCUUGUACUGGCUUGUGUUCAUCGUGGGCGCCGUGGGCAACAGUCUGGUCAUCCUUGUCUACUGCUACUGCACACGGGUCAAGACCAUGACCGACAUGUUCCUCUUGAAUCUGGCAAUCGCCGACCUUCUCUUUCUCAUCACCCUUCCCUUCUGGGCCAUCGCUGCUGCCGACCAGUGGCGGUUCCAGCCCUUCCUGUGCAAUGUGGUCAACAGCUUGUACAAGAUGAACUUCUACAGCUGCGUGCUGUUGAUCAUGUGCAUCAGCGUGGACCGGUACAUCGCCAUUGCUCAGGCCAUGAGAGCCCAGACCUGGAGGCAGAAAAGGCUCCUGUACAGCAAAAUGAUUUGCCUCACCGUCUGGAUAGUGGCAUCCCUGCUCUGCAUCCCAGAAAUCCUGUACAGUCAACUCAGGAAGCAAUCGGACAUCACCAUCUGUACCAUGGUUUACCCCAGCGAACAGAGCACCAGAGUGAAGUCCACAGUCUUGACCCUGAAGGUCCUCCUGGGCUUCUUCCUCCCUUUCGUGGUCAUGGCGUGCUGUUACACCAUCAUCAUUCACACUCUGUUACAAGCCAGGAAGUCCUCCAAGCACAAGGCCCUGAAGGUGACCAUCACGGUCCUUACGGUCUUUGUCCUGUCUCAGUUCCCCUACAACUGCAUUCUGUUGGUGCAGACCAUCGACGCCUACACCAUGUUCAUUUCCGACUGUGCCAUUUCCAUCAACAUUGACAUCUGCUUCCAGGUCACUCAAACCAUCGCCUUCUUCCACAGUUGCCUGAACCCCGUCCUCUACGUCUUUGUGGGCGAGAGAUUCCGCCGGGAUCUCAUAAAGACCCUGAAGAACUUGGGUUGCAUCAGCCAGGCACAGUGGGUCUCAUUCACGAGGAGAGAGGGAAGCGUGAAGCUAUCAUCCAUGCUGCUGGAGACGACCUCUGGUGCUCUCUCCUACUGAGGGGUCUCCGCUCUGACAUGGAUGGCCCUUUUCGGAAAUUACAAGAAAUACGGGGGUACACCUGCACUACGUGCAACUGGAGGGAAACCAAUGAAGAAGAAGAAGAAUGAAGUGAGGAUAAAGACAAACCCGGAAAGGGAUAAAUUUGGACGAUUACUUUAGUUAGAAUUUCCAAGCCAGAGUUUUCCAAACUGACUGGCUGUCCAAUGAGACUGUUGCUUGGCUCUUGGCUACAAUGGCUGCAGUUUUCAGCAGACUGGUCCCGCAGACACCCCCCCCCCCCGGCUUUUUGCCACCUAAUGGAGCAUUGAUGCGGCUGACCUUGGAAGGGUUUCUGUAACUCCACACCUGCCUGCCGGGUUGACCUGCCCGAGGACUCUGCUUGUCCACUCGUGUCACAGGGGUGGGUCAGCCUGCGGGGAGACCCCGAGAGCCCAAGUUGGCAGAACCGGCUCUGGCUCUGUCUUGGGCGCACUCUGCCGAGUGGCUUCUGGGAUGGUCUGCUUCGUCUCCUCCCUAUAAAACGAGUUAGUUUUAUUGAGCCUCUUUUUUUCUGAGCUUGCUGGAAGGAUAUCUGCCUCCCCGCUGCUUUUCUUUUUCUUAUUGUACAGUGCUGACCUGUCCAAAGGCUUCCAAUUCUGAGAUGAGGCUGGGGAAAAAAAAAAAAAGUAAUGCAGCUCACUUUUGCUUUGUGUCUUCUAUCUCACCUGUGAAAUGUUUUAUAUACCAGAAAAAGUGCUUUUUGACGAUUGUGUAAAAUACUCAUUACUGGUCACUUUCUUUGUCAUUUCUGUAUUUUAGAAGUGCCCCGUGAGAGGUCCCGUAGCCACAUUAGAGUGUGAAGAACAGAUCAGGAUAAGGAAAUAAAAUCUCUGAAACACUUUAAAGCCA